CGAGGGCGUGGUGCAGAGUGGAGACCGGCCGGGCGAGCUGGGAUGCGGGAGGCCGGGACGGCAGGGAACGGACUGGCAAGGGGCCGGGGCCGGAGCCGGACCAGGACGCGAGAGGGCAGGAAGGCAGGGGCCGGCACGCGGUGGGGCAGGAAGACUGGGGCCGGGACGCUGCGGGGCAGGAGGGCCUGGGCGGGGACGCAGGGGGUCAGGGAAGGGGCCAGAGGCCCGACCCCAUUCGGACUCGCACACGCCGGCCUCCCUCGGUGCCGCAUGGCGACUGCGUGGCCUGCCGGCUGCCCGCGCUGAGCCUCCCCGUCUCUGCGAGCUGUCCUUCGUGCCAUGGUGUAGGUGGUUCUGUCUCUGCAUCUGAGGGCCGAACUUCCGGGGCUUUGGAAUCACUUGCUAGGAGUCUUACCUCCCUGCCACCCAGGCCAUCAUGGCAGCUCGCCUGGUGAAGCGAUGUACAUGCCUCCUGAGAGAGGCUGCUCUUCUAGCCCCUGCCGUAUCUCCGGUUGGCCGACUGAGACUUGCCAGGGUAGCGCAUAAGACUCUGACUUCCUCAGCUACCUCACCCAGUUCCCACUUCCCAGGAUCCUUGUCAGAGCUUGUGGAGAGGGAACAAGUCUUUACUCCCUACCCAGAGCGCCAGGAGGUGGACCACCUCAUCGAGAAGGCUGCCCGGCCUGAGGAGCUCCUGGACCUGCUUGGUGGUGGUCACUGCCUGCACCAGAACCAUGCAGCACUCAUCCUCAUCCGCCUCUCUCGCCUGCUGUCUGAGAAGCCAGGAGACAAAGCCUCGCUCGUUCGGGAUGCCCGCUUCCAGCAGCUUCUCCAUCUCGUCAACAGUCAGAUAACCACGGUCUGGCACGGCACCCUUGUGAAGCUGCUCCGGAGCCUCUAUGCACUGGCGCUCCCCGCAGGAUCCAAGGAGCUGCAGUCGGUGGAGCAGGAGGUCCGCUGGCGAAUGCGCAGGCUCAAGUACAAGCACCUGGCCUUCCUGGCCGAGUCGAGCACCACCUACAUGCAGGAACGGGAGUCCCGGGAGCUGCUGGCUGAGCUCCUCGUGCACCUGGAGCGGCGCUGGGCAGAGAUUGAAGACGGCCGCACAGUGGUGGCCAUGAUGAUGAAGGUGGGGCACCUCUCAGAGUCACUGAUGAACCGCCUGGAGGACAAGUGCCUGGAGCUGGUGGAGCAGUUUGGCCCCGACGAGCUGCGGAAGGUGCUGGUGACGCUGGCAGCUCAGAACCGGCGGUCGGUGCCCUUGCUGCGGGCCGUCUCUUAUCACCUGGUCCAGAAGCCCUUCCCCCUGACGAAAGGCAUGCUCCUGGACCUGGCCUAUGCCUACGGUAAACUCGGCUUCCACCAGACCCAGGUGUUCCAGCGCUUGGCCGCCGACCUGCUGCCCCACACGCCCAGCCUGACAUCUGGUGAGGUGGCCCGCUGCGCCAAGUCCUUCGCCUUCCUCAAGUGGCUCAACCUGCCCCUGUUCGAGGCCUUUGCCCAGCACGUCCUGAACAGAGCCCAGAGUACCACUGUGCCACACCUGUGCAACAUGCUCCUGGCUUUCGCCCGUCUGAACUUCCGUCCAGAACGAGAGGAUCAGUUCUUCAGCCUGGUGCGGGAGAAGCUGGGGUCGGAGCUGGCAGGCCUGGACCCGGCCCUGCAGGUGGACGUGGUGUGGGCCCUGUGUGUGCUGCAACAGGUGCGGGAGGCGGAGCUGCGGGCUGUGCUCCGCCCUGAAUUUCACACCCAGUUUCUAGGUGGCGAGUCCCCAAAGGAUCAGAGUAUCUUCCAGAAGCUGCUGCACAUCAAUGCCACCGCCCAGCUGGAGCACCCCGAGUAUACCAGCCCCCUUUUGCCGGCCUCAGCCUUGGUCCCCAGGCUCUCAGCUCUUGACAAGAAGGUGACCCCCUUGCAGAAGGAGCUGCAGGAGACACUGAAGGGACUGCUGGGGAGCUCCGACAGGGGCAGCUUCAUGGUGGCCACGCAGUAUGGCUGGGUUCUGGAUGCUGAAGUGCUGCUGGACGCCGAUAGCCAGUUCCUGCCCCUGAGGGACUUUGUCGCCCCUCAUCUCGCCCCACCCUCCGGGAGCCAGCCGCUUCCCCCUGGGGCCAAGAGGCUGGCCUUCCUGCGCUGGGAGUUCCCUAACUUCAACAGCCGAAGCAAAGACUUGCUGGGGCGCUUUGUGCUGGCCCGGCGACACGUGCUGGCUGCUGGCUUCCUAGUGGUAGACGUCCCGUACUACGAGUGGCUGGAACUCAAGUCUGAAUGGCAGAAAGGCGCCUACCUCAAGGACAAGAUUCGAAAAGCAGUGGCCGAGGAGCUGGCCAAGUGACCUGUCCCAUGGCAUGGACUGCAUGCCCAGGGGGCUGGACUCGCCCAGCUGUGGGCACUGGGCGCACAGGAGGUGGCACGCCCGAGGACAGACCUUAGUGCAGGACCGUGGCCUGAAGUGGGGUGCUGGCCGGCAGCCCCAAGUGGCAGAUUGCCCUCUCGUGGGAAAUAAAUCUUUUACUUUGGUGUUCGACACCAGGAGGCAUCCCA